CGUGGUAGGAAGUGGUAACCGUCAAUCACGAGGGAGACGCCAAACAGUGAGCCUGGAGCUGGAGAGCAGCGUUUACCGGCGGCGCGGCCGGUUUUGUGAAUGAAGCAAUGGCUACAGAUUCCCCCAGAAGACCCAGUCGUUGUACUGGUGGAGUCGUGGUUCGCCCUCAGGCUGUCACGGAGCAGUCCUACAUGGAAAGUGUCGUGACUUUUCUGCAGGAUGUCGUGCCGCAGGCUUACAGUGGAACACCUCUAACAGAAGAAAAGGAGAAAAUAGUCUGGGUCAGAUUUGAAAAUGCAGAUUUAAAUGAUACAUCAAGAAAUCUGGAAUUUCAUGAAAUACAUAGCACAGGGAAUGAGCCACCUUUGCUGAUUGUGAUUGGCUACAGUGAUGGAAUGCAGGUCUGGAGCAUCCCUAUCAAUGGGGAAGCACAGGAGCUUUUUUCUGUUCGACAUGGCCCAAUUCGAGCGGCUAGAAUCCUUCCUGCUCCUCAGUUCGGUGCUCAAAAGUGUGACAACUUUGCUGAAAAAAGGCCCCUCCUUGGUGUUUGUAAGAGCACUGGAUCUUCUGGCACAAGUCCACCUUAUUGUUGUGUGGAUUUAUAUUCACUUCGUACUGGGGAGAUGGUCAAGUCCAUUCAGUUUAAAACACCGAUCUAUGAUCUGCAUUGCAACAAAAGGAUCCUUGUUGUAGUAUUGCAGGAGAAAAUUGCUGCCUUUGAUAGCUGUACUUUCACGAAAAAAUUUUUUGUCACAAGCUGCUACCCUUGUCCCGGGCCGAACAUGAAUCCUAUUGCUCUUGGGAGCCGCUGGCUCGCUUAUGCAGAAAACAAGUUGAUUAGAUGUCAUCAGUCCCGUGGUGGAGCCUGUGGAGACAACAUUCAGUCUUAUACUGCCACAGUCAUUAGCGCUGCCAAAACAUUGAAAACUGGCCUGACAAUGGUUGGGAAAGUGGUGACUCAGCUGACAGGCACGCUGCCUUCAGGUGUGACAGAAGAUGAUGUUGCCAUCCAUAGUAAUUCAAGGCGGAGUCCUCUGGUCCCAGGCAUCAUCACAGUAAUCGACACUGAAACAGUUGGAGAGGGCCAGGUGCUUGUGAGCGAGGAUUCUGACAGUGAUGGCAUUGUGGCCCAUUUCCCUGCUCAUGAAAAACCAGUGUGCUGUAUGGCUUUUAAUACAAGCGGAAUGCUUCUAGUCACAACAGAUACCCUUGGCCAUGACUUCCAUGUCUUCCAAAUUUUGACUCAUCCUUGGUCUUCAUCACAAAGUGCUGUCCAUCAUCUGUAUACUCUUCACAGGGGAGAAACUGAAGCCAAAGUACAAGACAUAUGUUUCAGCCAUGACUGUCGCUGGGUUGUGGUCAGUACACUCCGGGGGACUUCCCACGUUUUCCCAAUCAACCCUUAUGGUGGCCAGCCUUGUGUUCGAACACAUAUGUCACCACGAGUUGUGAAUCGUAUGAGCCGUUUCCAGAAGAGUGCUGGACUGGAAGAGAUUGAACAGGAAUUGACAUCUAAGCAAGGAGGUCGCUGUAGCCCUGUUCCAGGUCUAUCCAGCAGCCCUUCUGGAUCACCUCUGCACGGGAAACUCAACAGCCAAGACUCCUACAGUAAUUUUGCCAACAACAACCCUGGCAACCCUCGGCUCUCGCCUCUCCCCAGCCUGACGGUAUUGAUGCCUCUUGCACAAAUCAAGCAGCCAGUGACAUUGGGGACCAUCACCAAACGAACAGGCAAAGUUAAACCACCUCCACAAAUUUCACCCAGCAAAUCAAUGGGCGGAGAAUUUUGCGUGGCUGCAACGUUUGGGACAUCCCGAUCAUGGUUUGCAAAUAACGCAGGUCUGAAAAGAGAAAAAGAUCAGGCCAAACAAGUUGUAGUUGAAUCCCUCUACAUUAUUAGCUGCUACGGGACCUUAGUGGAGCACGUGAUGGAGCCACGGCCGCUGAGCACCUCCCCCAAGAUCAGCGAUGACACCCCACUGGAAAUGAUGACAUCUCCUCGAGCCAGCUGGACUCUGGUUAGAACUCCUCAAUGGAAUGAAUUGCAACCACCGUUUAACGCAAACCACCCUCUGCUCCUCGCUGCAGAUGCAGUGCAGUAUUAUCAGUUCCUGCUUGCUGGCCUGGUCCCCCCUGGAAGUCCUGGGCCCAUUACUCGGCAUGGGUCCUAUGAUAGUUUAGCUUCUGAUCAUAGUGGACAGGAAGAUGAAGAGUGGCUGUCUCAGGUAGAAAUUGUAACACACACUGGACCCCACAGACGUCUGUGGAUGGGUCCACAGUUCCAGUUCAAAACCAUCCAUCCCUCAGGCCAAACCACAGUCAUAUCAUCCAGUUCAUCUGUGUUGCAGUCUCACGGUCCAAGUGAUACUCCACAGCCCCUUUCGGAUUUUGAUACAGAUGAUCUUGAUCUCAACAGUCUCAGGAUCCAGCCAGUCCGCUCUGACCCAGUCAGCAUGCCCGGGUCAUCCCGUCCAGUGUCUGAUCGAAGGGGAGUUUCCACCGUGAUUGAUGCUGCCUCAGACUCAGCAGAUCCACAGCUGCUUUAUAUGUAGGUGUUACCUCCCAUGUUUCAUCUGAUCUUUGGAGAUUCAAAAGAUGCUAUCCAACCUCAAAUUUUGAGUUUCGAUAUUUGUAAGAGGUUUCCUUCUUAACUAAAGAGAAGACCAUCCUGGAAAUGGACUUCGUAGGAUUCAGGCAUACACACAGGCUACCCAGAAGAAAUGGGAUUUGAAGGAACUGCUCCUUUUUUCCUGUCCAACUGAUUAACAUCAAGGUCUGUAUCAUAGAUGUUGUCUCUAGACAAAGCACUGUGUGGAUUACUUACUUUUUUUUUUUUUUUAACCUUUGUACAUUCCUUUUUUCCCUAACAUUCCUGGUUAGGUAUCUGAGAAUUUCUUCACAUUGUUUCCCCUUUAUAACAUCUGUCCUUCUUUUGAUAAACGUGUAAGACCUGAAGAGGAAAAAAAAAAGUGUCAAUGUCCUGUUCAAACUUUGUUUCCCACAUUGGUGACUGAAGUUCUUGUUCCAAGACUUGCAGGCUGUACUUGUUGGAUAACUUAAUAACAACUCUAAUUGCUUUUGAGUCAUCCACACAAAGAGCCAAGAAAGAUCUGGUUCAUCCUAAGUUUGUUUGUCCUCGUUUGUAGCUUUACUAUGGAAAUUGGUGUUUACCAAGAAAGCACUCAAAGCAGCUGAAAUUUAAAGACAAAUUUAUGCCUGACUUGUAUGAAGAGCAGACAUCUUUGUCAAACUCUACUAAAGUAAACAUUUUAUAGAGAAAAUGUUAUUAAGUGGUGAGAGCAGCAUUGAUGUACAUUCCUGAGGCAGAUGACAGUAGGAGAAGGAAAAUUGUGACAGAUAAAAUGAGUUCUUAUCCUUUAGAGUAGACCUUGAUACGUAAGGUAUUGGUGCUACUAAAUAGGGACAAAGUUGCGGACCUGGUAUUUGUCGUUCUUGACUCAAGAGAAAUGUUAUUUUUGUUGUACAAUUGGAGUCAUCUAAAUGAUUUCUAAGGAAUUAAUUAAUUCAGGUUUUCAGCACCCAAUUCUUCUGGAAGUUGAAAUAAUUUGUUUGUUUGAAGAAAACCCAAACUGGUUUGAUUUGAUUGAUUUUAUAAUGAUCAAUGGUACCUACUUAGUGUAUUUGGCAUUUGGUGCAUCAGACCUUUAAAAAAACCAAUAACACUUAUCAGAAAAAUAUGAUUGGGUAGGCAACAAGGAUAUUAUUCCAGGAGUCAAAUCUGUGCUAGAGGGACAUUCUUAUAGAGGCAUGCUUUUAUCUUAUAGAGAUUUUCCUGAUGUGGUGGGGGAACCAUAUUCCUAAGGACUAUAUUUCACUGUAUUUACAGUUGCCAUUCCAGUCUGAGGCAGACAGACUUAGUUAUUGCAUCUUAAAGCCAUUAGAGACACAAGAGAUGCUGGUGCUCGGAGGCAGGAGGUUUAUAAGAAACACCAUUUGGUCUACCGUGGCAAGGCCACUUAGCUCCAUGAUUUUAAAACUAGGACUGAGUGACAGAAGCCAUGAUGUUAUAAUCAUGGUCUUGAACUUUUGCUGAAACCUUCAACAAGUCAUGUUUCCUACCUAUCCGUCCUUGUCUGCAUCUGUAAAAAUAACUUGUUUCCCUAUGUAAAAAAUUUUAACCUCUUUUGGCAGGAAUGUGUUCAAGUUAUUUCCUAAAAUAAUUCCCAGAUAUAAAGGAUACAGAGUUCUUUUGAAAUGUUGAGAUAUUUCUUUGAAUAAAUGAUAUGGUUUUCAUUUAAUAGAGUUCCAGAUAUUCUUUGUGAUUAUAAGGUGACGAAAACUCCAGGCAUACUUGUACUUUGGGUAUUCAAAGCCUGUGUGGGAUCAGUAAGAGGAUUAUGGAUGAGGGUGAAAUUAAAAGAAGGCUUAGUCCUGACCUGUGAACAGAGUCCCUCAGAGGGGAAAAAGGAGGUCAGUAAUUUUACUUUGACACUAUUUAUACUUUAAACAGUAAACAUUCAAACUAAGAUAUUAAGAUUGGCUUUUUAAUUAGAAAUGAGGAAAUCUGUGCGUUAUUUCAGCUCUAGUCGAAUUUCAGCUCUAACACCUACUGCCUGUAU